AUGUAUAAAAGCUUGAAUACAGAAAAUACUAUUCAAUCUAAAAUUAAAUAUAUGAGAUCAGGCGAUAAUGCAGUUGGGUUUCCAACAUUGGCAAAAUUAUAUAAGCUUUUUCUAACUAUUUCAUCAAAUUCAGCAUCAUGUGAAAGAAGCUUCUCUUGCCAUCGUCGUUUAAAAAACUACUUGAGAAGUACUAUGGGACAAUUCAGAUUAAAUCACCUAGGAGUUUUGCAAAUAGAACGUGAAAGAUCGUCAACUAUUAAUUACGAAGAAAUCAUAAAACAAUUUGACUCAUCCACAGUACCACGUUGA